GAAACCAUUCUGGUCGCCAUAUUAACCGGAACAGUCGUAACAUUACAUGCUGUGCGUGUUAUUGGUAGAAUAAUGGCGGCUCGUAAAGUAUUCGUCAUCUUACUAGGCCUUAGUGGUAGUGGUAAAAGUGCAACUGGUAACACAAUCCUGGGAAAGAAAGAAUUCCACAGCAGACGUUCCACUAUGCCAACAACAAAUAAGGUGCAAGAGAAAACGUCUAUGCUGCCCGAUGGAAGUGAAAUCGUGGUCAUUGACACACCGCCUCUUAUGAACCCUAACCACGAAGAUUUGACGCCUGGUCAAGUUGUUUCAGAAAUUCUAAAAGGUACAACCUACGCCAACACAGGCCUAAACGCCAUUGUUCUGACCAUAAACGCCAAUGACCGAAUGACAAAGGAACACGCAGAUUCCAUAAAAUGGCUGUAUUUUCUGUUCGGAGAAGAAAACAUCGCAAAAUACGGCAUCGUCUUAUUCACUCGUAUGGAUCAGCUUGAUGCAGACGAUAUGAGUUUUGAUGAUUUCAGAAAAGAGGUUCCCCAGUGUCUGAGUGACUUGAUCAAUAAAUGUGGGGGGCGUUGCAUUGCUUUUGAUAACACCGUACAAAGUGAAGAUAGCAAAACGACGCCUCAAGUUUCCAAGCUUAUAAACAUAAUUCGUCAAAUUAAUGAAAAGAACGGCUCUUGCAUGUUACAUAACAUCGAACAGCGAGUCGGCAAAGUUGUGGACCUUGAGCAAGGAUGUCGAGUCGUCGAAAUUGAAAGAGAAGGGUUUGUUGUCAUCGAAUUUGUUUAUUCUGCCCUUGAUUAUGUAUACAGAGGAUUGGUUGGAAUGUGGGAUACCUUAUGGCAUGUAUUGGGGUAUGACGUUCCAAACAGAGAACUGACAUCGGAAGUGUAA